AUGAGCAGCAUCGACGACAUCUUCAAGAAACCACACCUCCCCAGCAACAAGCGCAAGCUCGAGCCCAUCACCAACCCCGACCAGGUCUACAAGUCCGCAAAGCUGCAAUCCAACGGCGACGCCAAGGGCAAGGGCCGCGCUACCGUAGAAGAUGCCGAGGACGACAACGACGAUGCAGAGGCCGGGCCCGCACCGCCUCCGGAGGACGGCGACGAGGAGGAGCAGGACUUUGGCGACGAGGACGAGGAGGGCCGCUUCUUUGGCGGCGGCAUGGACAAGACGACCGCCUCGGCCAUGAACUACGUCGACCGCGCAGACGAGGAGCCCUUCGUGCCCGAGACCAUUGAUAGGUCCUGGCUGCGGAAGCUGGCCCUCAACUUCGAGAAGAGAAUAUCCAAGAACGCCGAGCUGCGAGCCAAGUUCGAAGACGACCCCCAGAAGUUCAUGGCCUCAGAGGCCGACCUCGAUGCCGAUGUCAAGUCGCUGAGCGUACUGUCCGAACACGCGGAGCUAUACGCCGAGUUUGCGAAGCUGGGCUGUGCAGGCAGCCUGGUGGGUCUGCUGGCCCAUGAGAACACGGAUAUCGCCAUCGAUGCCAUUGAGAUCAUCUCCGAGUUGACCGACGAAGACGUGCAAGCAGAGCAGGAACAGUGGGAUGCGCUUGUGAAUGCUAUGCUGGAAGCGGACUUGCUUAGCCUGAUGACAUCGAACCUUGAGCGUCUCGACGAGGGCAAUGAGACAGACAGGAGUGGCGUCUACCACUCGCUGAGCAUUGUGGAGAAUCUAGCUUCCAACACCACCAUUGCCGAGAUCAUGGCCAAGGACUACGCUCUCGUCAAAUGGCUUAUUUCUCGUGCCCAGAAAAGAGAAUCCCCCGUCUCUCAGAACAAGCAGUACGCUGCCGAAGACCUCGCCAUCCUAGUCCAGAGCUCCGUUCCGAACCGCCUUUCCCUCAUCUCCUUUGACGGCGUGGACACGCUCCUCCAACUACUCGCCUAUUACCGCAAGCGCGAUCCUCCGAAAGAGUCGGAUGAGGAAGAAUUUGCUGAAAAUCUGUUCGAUUGCCUGACGUGUCUCGUCGACGAAGCUGAUGGCAAGACCAAGUUCGUGGAGGCUGAAGGCAUUGAACUCUGCCUGAUUAUGCUGCGGGAUAGCAAGUUUGCCAAGCCGCGAGCAUUACGUCUGUUGGAUCAUGCCCUUGGCGGGCCACCAACCAGUGCUGCGGCCGUCUGCGAGCAUUUUGUCGAAGCAGCCGGACUCAAGACGGUAUUUGGCAUGUUCGGUAAGAAGCAGGACAGCGCAAACACAGAACACCUGAUAGGCAUUCUGGCAUCAUUACUUCGCAGCCUACCUGGAGACAGCGCGGGGCGGAUACGAACGUUGGCCAAGUUUGUCGAGAAGGACUACGAGAAAAUCGCGCGCCUUGUCCAGCUCCGCCGCGAGUAUUCGUCUCGGUUAGCUGCGGUGGAGCAGCAGAUCAAGCGCGAACAGGCUGAGCUGAGACCCGAGGCGCGCGAGGAGCUUGCCGAUGAAUGGUUCCUGCGCCGGGUUGACGGGGGACUGUUCUGUCUACAAACCAUCGAUGUAAAUCUGGCAUGGUUGGUAGCUGAGGACGGUGGGGCUAGGAAGCGAAUUGUCGAGCUUCUGGCCGACAGGGAUGAGAGCUUGAAGGAGGUGAAGACGACAUUGCAGGAGCAGAUGAACGGCAUUACUGGCGACAAUUUGAGCGAAGAGGAGCUGAUGCUCAAGGAUAUGCUGGGUAUCCUAAUUGGAUUCUUGGAGUAG